UCAAACUGAAUGCAUGAAAGAGAAUUCUUGAAAGAAUUUAAGAAUAGUUAUUAGCGUAUGCCGUAUUGCAUACUUCGGGAAUUUUCUUGAAGUUAUUGUCUUUUGUUACAAAAAAAAUAACCGAUAUCAAUAAUGAGUUGCCCAUUUAACGAGGAACAGUUAUCGCAAUUAAAAGCUUUCGUUGAAAUAUGCAAAGCACAGCCGCAAAUUUUACAACAUCCGAAGUUGUCGUUCUUUAGAGAUUAUUUAGUAACACUCGGAGUCAUUUUACCUGAGGUUGCUCAAGAAAAUAAAGAGUUUGCAGCAUCAGGGGAUAAUUCAAGUGCUAAUGCUGAUGUUAAGGCUGAAAUGUCGACAGAAGAAGAAUCGGAACCUGAGUCUGAUGUAGAACUUGAUAUGGAAGGUGUCAUUGCCGACACAUCUGAGGCCAAUCAAGACAUGGGAGAUGAUUCAAAAGAAGUGACAGAUGAAGACCGAGAUCUAUCAGAUCAGAAGAGGUCUGAAGCUAUGCAAGCUUUCUCUGAACAAAAAUAUGAUGAAGCUAUAGCUCUUUACACAGAAGCAAUAAAGCUAAAUUCACAAAGUGCUUUACUAUUCGCUAAGAGAGGACAGGUAUUCCUUAAACAGAAUAAGCUACAUGCCUGCAUCAAGGACUGUACAAAGGCCUUGGAGCUCAAUUGUGACAGUGCAGCUGCAUACAAAUUUAGGGGACGUGCUUAUAGUCUUCUGGGCAAGUUUGAAGAAGCAUCGCACGACCUUUGCGAGUCACUUAAAAUUGAUUACGAUGAUCAAGCCAAUGAAUGGUUUUCUUUAGUAAAACCUAAUGCUGAGAAACUUCGUCAACACAAACUUAGUGUUCAACGUAAAAAAGAAGAAAAAGAGCACCGUGAAAAACUACAUAGAGCUCGUAAAGCUCAAGAGGCUCGUGCUAAAGCUGCUGAAGAACAGGCACAAGCACAGUCGCAGUCGCAAUCUCAACCUGGUUUCCGUUCAGGAGGUCCCCCUGGAAUGGGAUCCUUUGAUUCUGCUGAUUUCUACAAACUACUCUCUGAUCCUGAUCUUUUUGCUGCUUUAAAGGAUCCAGAGACAUCAGCUGCAUUCUACGAUGUGUCUUCAAAUCCUGCCAAUUUUGUAAAGUACCAAAACAAUCCCAAAGUACUUGCUGCAUUAGAGUUGUUGAAAAGUAAAUUUGGAAUGGGAGGUGGUGCUGCACCAGGUGGAUUUGGAGGUUUUGGAGGUGGUGCUCCCCCAACUGGUGCUAAGAAUGCUGAUGACGAUGUUGGUUUGGAUUAGAAUUAUAUAUCUAUUUUCAAUCACAAUUAAUUUGAACACCCAUUAAAAUUUAAUAUGUUUUAUAGUUCAUUGAUAUUGAAAUAAAAAUUUAAUAAUUCUCCUAUUAGAAGGAUGGAUUGAUAAUGUUAUUAUCAAAAACAAUUUUAAUUUUUGACAAUUACUCAGUUGUUUUGAAAUUAUUUGGUCUAUCCCAUCAAUAUGCCAGCAUAUAAGUAAUUAUAUCCAUAUUUCUAAAUUUUCGUUUUAAGCUGGAAUAUGUAUUUAAUUUUACAUUAAUGUUUCGUAUUUAACGAUUUAAUGCAUUUAUUGAUAUGUAUAAUUACAUAAUGAAAAAUAUUUUUUUUUAAUCAAAAUUAGAUCUAUAGUUUAAAAAGUUUAUGUAAUGUAUAUUGAUCACUUUUUGGGAGUGGUUUUUUUUUUAAUUUCGGCGUCAGAAACUAUUAUAAUAGCAAUGUGUACUUUAUUUUGCUAGUAAUUAAACACCAAAAAUGAA